AGCCAGCUCUGAAGGCUGCGAACCGUUUUCCUUAUUUGUGCAAUCCUCUCUCUUGCUUUCCCUCGAAAAGUCCUUCUAGUUUCUCCUCUGUUCAUAGGUAUGUUCUCAUCAUCCUCGGACACUAUAUCAUCAUCAGACGCCAACCCAUCGCAAUCAUCAUCCACUCUCUUCGUCCUCUAUGCCAUUACCGUCAUCAUCUUCAACAUUGAGGAUGACGAAGAGGAAGAGAAAGAAGAGGAACAGAUGGGAGGGGAGAGGAUAUGGGGACAAGUGGUGAUGGAAAGAACCACCUGUGUUAGUUCAAGUGAAUAUAUAACUAGUGAUGUCGUAAAUAAAGGAGGGCAACGAGGUGGCACUGAUUGUCACGAUACCCAAGAUGAAAAUAGUGUGGAUAACGUUGAAGAGGAAGGAGAGGAUACUGACGUUGGCGACACCGAUGACAAUGAUUUUGUCGACUAUGCUGGCAACGAAAGUGAAAUGAAAGAAGAGUACAGCGACAAAGACUCCAUGGCGAUGUUGAAGACGAUGAGGGGGGAAAGGAGGAUGUAA